UCGUGAGUUGAGGCUUGUACCUUAGUGUUAGGACAACGCUGCCUGCCACGGUGAGGGCUCUCCGCCCGGAGGCUCCCCUGCUGUGGUCUCCAUCCCCAGCCGCGGAAAGGGGGAGCUUCACCUGGAUCCCCAAGAAUGACAGGCCCAGGGACAGUUGAUUGACAUCUCUGUCACACUCCGUGAUUCUAGACACGCACUUUAGGAUGCUGAGUCAUUCGAUCCUAACGUCAAACACGGGAAAACGCAAUUUCUCUGUGUUUGAGGAUCGUCCUAAAACCUAAGCCCUGGCUUGUGCUGGCUGUGACGGUGAGAUGUGCCUGGAGACUUCGGAGACUAGUUAUUUAAUGCCAGCCUAGGCCAUCUUGAUCUCUCUCUGGGAAAGAUAUCAAUUAUGGAUGUGGACAAGUUUUUACUUUGAGUAAUCCUUAAAUGAAGAGUGGAUAAAGCCUAUAUACAGAAGAGAGACUCCAAUCAACAAUAGCAAUAAGUUGAAAAAGAAAAAUGUUGUCCUUAAACAACCUACAAAAUAUCAUCUAUAACCCGACAAUCCCCUAUGUCAGCACCAUUACUGAGCAGUUGAAGCCUGGCUCUUUGAUUGUAAUCCGUGGGCAUGUUCCUAAAGAUUCAGAAAGAUUCCAGGUAGACUUUCAGCAGGGCAACAGCCUGAAGCCAAGAGCUGAUGUGGCCUUCCACUUUAACCCUCGCUUCAAAAGGUCCAACUGCAUUGUCUGUAACACCCUGACAAAUGAGAAGUGGGGCUGGGAGGAGAUCACCUAUGACAUGCCCUUCAGAAAAGAAAAGUCCUUUGAGAUCGUGAUCAUGGUGCUCAAGAACAAAUUCCAGGUGGCUGUGAACGGAAAGCACGUCCUCCUGUACGCCCACAGGAUCAGCCCGGAGAAGAUAGACACACUAGGCAUCUACGGCAAAGUGAACAUUCACUCCAUCGGGUUCAGAUUCAGCUCGGAUUUACAAAGUAUGGAAACAGUUAAUCUGGGACUGACACAGAUAAGCAGAGAAAAUGUACAAAAAUCUGGCAAGCUCCAGCUGAGCCUGCCAUUUGAAGCAAGGUUGAAUGCCUCCAUGGGCCCUGGACGAACCGUUGUCAUUAAAGGAGAAGUGAAUACGAAUGCCAGAAGCUUUAACGUUGACCUAGUGGCAGGAAAAACAAGGGAUAUUGCUCUGCACUUGAACCCACGCCUGAAUGUGAAAGCAUUUGUAAGAAAUUCCUUUCUUCAGGAUGCCUGGGGAGAAGAGGAGAGAAAUAUUACUUGUUUCCCGUUUAGUUCUGGGAUGUACUUUGAGAUGAUAAUUUACUGUGAUGUCCGAGAAUUCAAGGUUGCGAUAAAUGGUGUGCACAGCCUGGAAUACAAACACAGAUUUAAAGACCUCAGCAGUAUCGACACACUGUCAGUCGAUGGUGAUAUCCGUUUGCUGGAUGUAAGGAGCUGGUAGCUACCAUGACUGCCAAACCCUCGAAAUACAACAUGGAUUAUCGGAUACUGGCCAUGUCAAAUGCAUCUGCUUUCACCCGUUGUUUCUAUUGUUAAGUUGAGCUCCUACAGCAUCAAGUCUACUGGUGUUGUCAGGCCUGGCCAUGCAGUGUGGCUGCCUCUGCAUUCAGAGGAACAGAUCCAGGGCAGUCACAGCUCGCUGCCAUCGAGGCUCUGCACACUGCAAAACCACACUCAGCAAAUAUUUAAGUGCCUAAUAGACUGCAUAUACUAGCUAAUAGGGAUGGCAAGCAUAUUUCCUGUGUAUAUUCUCUGAGCUGGCCAUAGACAUGGCAGUGCCCAGAACUUGUGUGGUCCCUGUUUUCUGGUAUGUAUGUGUCACAUGACCAGUUUCUGAUCUCCUAAUGUAGGGUCAUCUUGCUGGCAUUGCAUUAAGCCUGCUAGGGGCCUUUGCAGUUAAGGUCAGAAACAUAUACUAAUGGAUGGAAAGCACUACUUCCCAGCGAUCCUUUUCAUAAUCAACAUUCCAUCCUAUCUCAUAGUUGAGGACUGUAUAACAUUUAUUUAGCUCUUACUGCUAGCUCUUACUGCUUUACACUUUAUAAAAUGUAUCAUGCUGACAACACAGCAGACAAAUUGAGGCCCAAAUCCUCAAUUGUGACAAAACAAGUGUUCUGCUGACUGAUUGGCACUAGUGUCCAGGGUGGGGGUGUGGGGGGCAUGGCAAAGUGAGGUAGAAGUUGGAUCUGUGAAAAGGUUGAGCUGUUGUGGAGACCAGCCCUCGUGCCUUCGGGUCUGAAGAUGUCGGCCUACAUCUGCAGUGAGAGGUCAGCCACUGCUCUGUCUGCAGAUUCAGCUUCUGUGCCCCUGUAACUUCCAGGAUGUGACUGGAGCUCUAGGCAGUCUUUUCUUCACAGGUCCAAUCUUGUUACACAUGUCAAAGGUUUGGGUGUGGGUAGAGGAAGAGCUAAUGUCAUGGGGUCACUGUAUGAUACUAAGCCACUGGAUAGAAUUCUGCCAGGGUUUAGGAGUAUUCAGUCAGUUUGCCCAGAUACAUGUACUCAUACAUACAAAAUACCAUCAGCAAUAUCACUUUUUAGGAAGGCCUUUUUACUCAAGGCUGCAACUGCUAGUUCCUCAUUUUCAUGCAAAUUUACUGUUUACUCUUAAAAACUCAUAUGGGGUGGUGGGUGGAACUGGGCAAUCUGUAGGGAGGCCAGAGGCUCUAGAUCCCCAGUUACUUCAUAAGGAAUGCAUUCAUUACUGAGAUGUUUGAGGCUGAAAGGCACUCAGGAAAAAAAGCCCAUUCAUACAAAAGCUUUUUUACACAAAGCUAUUAAGACUGCUUUUGAAUAGAUUCAGUCUUAGAUUCUGAUCUUCUGCUGGAAUUUAUUAGGUUGUGAGACAUUUCGUUGUAUAUUCCUAAGUUCUGUCUCUAAACUGCAAAAUGCUUUUUUCCUUGUCCUAAUUAUGCAUUAAAGUUUUAUAUUAAAUUAGAA